AUGCUCACUAAAAUCAACCAUUCUUGGGACAAGGUGAAUGAUCUGGGUGUCGAGGAGGGCUGCCCGGAGCAGCGUCCAAGCAACCUGCAAGAAAUUAUUUCACGACCCGUAGCAGCACCAACAGCUCGGCCUCUACCGAAGCAAAGCACAGGAGGUCCAUCAGUACAGCCAGUGCAGUCCUGCGAGCCGGAGGAGCAGAAGCAAUUUGCUGUUUGUAUUCAGCCGAUCACAACGUUCCAGCCUCAUCCACUGGUCGUCAUAAAGCAGCCCAGGCAAAUCGAUGAGGCCUGCAAGCAGUUCGCCGAAUUCAAGAAAUGUCAAGCAAACGUAAAAUGCCUACCGCUCUGGGCCAAGGGGAUGAGUGCCAUGUUUGAAUUCGCUUGUGGAUCUGGAUAUGACUCUUAUCUACAGGUCAGUGUAAUUGGACCAGACUAUCUACGAAUAAUUAUCUUUUUCAAUAGCAUAAAAAACACAUAG